UAGUUAGCAUCUGCACCAAGUCUCUUUAUAUGCGAACAUAAGUAAGACAAAAUUGUAGAACACACGAGAGGUAGAGCAGAGUAACACUGCAUCUACUCUAGAACACUUUUGGAGGAACUGGGAGAGAAAACCUUGUCUUUUCACGUUAGUUAGAGCCAAACCACAAAUGCUGCUUAGAGAAACCAUUCGCAAGAGCAAGGUUAUACUUCACAAGACCCUCCGCAGUUUCAAGUCUGUCAUCUUUGGAGGCUACCAAAAACUACCCAGAUCUCUCUCCUUCAAUCCAUUCCUCGGUCGCAGUGCCAAUGCCAGAACUUACACAAGCGAUCAAUUCUACAAUGAGUUUUACGACAUUCUGCAGUCUGAUCUCAACAGAAUAAAGAGGGGUGCCGACAACAACAGCAUGAGCAGGUCCAGAGAGGAAACGGAAGAUGCUGCAAACGCUGAAAUCCUGCCGAAAGAAAGUUCAGAAAAGAUCGUUGGUGAAGUUGGCCAAGUGGAAGAGAAGAAAAGCUGUGAACUGGGAAAGAAAGAGGGUGUUCAUGACUUGGCGCAGAAGAUGAAGGAAUUGGAGAUGAUGGAUAGUGGUGAUGUUGAGCACGUGCUGGACAUAGAAGAGGCACUUCACUACUACUCACGCCUCAAAAGUCCUGUUUAUUUAGAUAUUGUGGACAAGUUCUUCAAUGACAUGCACACUGAAUUUUCGGUUCAAGAUUCCUCUAUCAGCGUCAAACGCUCCAAGUCAAAGGGAAGAAUUGGCUCAAUCGGGUUGUAGAUAAGUUCAUCUUUUUACGCAGAGAAUGUUGUAGUGUAUAUGAAAUUCAAAACUCUUUUUGUUUUUUACCUACCAUUUUAUGUCUCUGAUUUUCCUUCUCUCAGUGUGCUCUAUUUGAAUUUGUUUGGAGUGAAUUCCCGCUAUUAUACUUC